AUGCAUCCUUCUACAGAUAUUCCCCUUACACAGAGACGGGCAUGGUCCCCAACCUCCUGGCAAUCCUCCCCCACCCACGCCCAACAAGUCCUCUAUCCACCGCACACCCACCCCCUCCUAGCCAUCACCCUCGCCCGCCUCGCCGACCUGCCCCCCCUCGUCAACCCCUCCACCAUCGACACCGUCCGCUCCAACCAUGCCGCUGCCGCCCGCGGCGAAGCCUUCCUCCUCGUCGGCGGCGACUGCGCCGAGAGCUUCGACGACACGACGGAUGCCAUCGUCGGGUUGAAAAUGGACCUUUUAAACCGGCAGGCUGAAGUAUUAGAACGAGCAUUGGGGGAGAAAGUGCCGGUGCAUGUGACGGCGAGGCUGGCCGGGCAGUACUCUAAGCCGCGGUCGCAGUUGAUGGAGACGUUGGUGGAUGGGAGGACGGUGCAUGCUUUUCGCGGGCAUAAUGUGAAUGGGGCGAGUGCGGAGGAUAGGGAGCCGGAUCCGAGGAAGUUGUUGCAUGGGUGGUGGCAUGCCUUGGCGGUGCUGCAUAAACUGAGUUCUUCUCUAAUGAAUACUGACAAAAAACAAAGAAAACCAAUCUACACAGCCCACGAAGCCCUCCACCUGCCCCUCGAAACCGCCCUGACAACACCCACAACCCGCUACAACACCUCAGCCGCCUUCCUCUGGAUCGGCGAGCGCACCCGCCAGCUCGACGGCGCCCACCUCGAGUACGCGCGCGGCCUGCGCAACCCGGUGGGCGUCAAGAUCGGCCCGACCACUACCCCUGAGGAGGUCAUUGCUGUUUUGACUCUCUUAUCCGGCCCUCUCGACAGUAAGGAAGGGGAAGAGAGAGGAGAAGAAGGAAAGGUGACGUUAAUCCCACGCCUAGGCGUAGACAAAGCCUCCAUCGUCCUUCCACCCAUCUUACGAGCCAUCCAGGCCAGCGGCCUGCCAGCGCCCGUCUGGAUGUGUGACCCAUGCCACGGCAACACUUUUGCUGUCGACACGGGGCCGGAGAAUAACGGGGCUGUGGUCAAAACCCGGUGUCCGACGACGAUGCUGAGGGAGGUGGAGCAGGUGAUUGAGGUGUUGGGCGAGUUUGGAGUGCAGUUGGGCGGGUUGCAUUUGGAGCAGACGGGGGAGGAUGUCGUGGAGUGUGUGGAUAAGGGGGUGUUGUUCCUUUCUUCGUCAUCGUCAUCGGAGCGGUACAAGAGCUUGUGUGAUCCGCGGUUGUCGGGGUCGCAGGCGCUGGAGUUUGUGGAGAAGGUGGCCGAGAUGUUGGUCAAGGCGAGGGCGAUGGGCGAGGAGACUGAGAAGCAGGGUGUGGUGGAGGAUGAGAAGGUGGUCGGGGGUGUGCGCGAGGGCCAGACAUCCUUGAUUCGGGUGCCGCUGCUUGAGAGGGCGCUGCGGUUCUUUCGCGUGCCUUUUGCUGGGUUGCUGGGGAAUGCUUAG